AUGGCACAAGUAGAAGGUGAAGCCGCAAAAACAAUAGAGGGACUACAACUGAGCAGCGCAAACUACAAGGAAGCGUUACAACUAUUGAAAGACCGCUAUGGGCAGCCACACAAACUGAUUUCAUGUCACAUGACAGCGUUGUGGCAACUACCAAAACCGAACACUACUAUUGUGAGUAUUCGCUCCUUUUAUGAUUCGUUAGAAACACAUAUAAGAGGCCUUAAAUCUCUGGGGAAAACUGAAGAAAGUUACGGCGAACUACUAGUUCCUAUUGUUCUAGAUAAACUGCCCCAAAGUGUGAAAAUACAGAUUUCACGUGAACAUGGCGAUAAGGCGUGGACCAUAACAGAACUGAAGGAUGCUCUUUAUAAAGAGAUACAAGCAAACCAGGCCGCAAUCAACAUCGGAAAUGAACAAUACGAUAAUCCAAUUCCUACUGCCGCUACUCUACAUGUGGGGACCAGAGCCAAACCGAAACCGUGUGUGUUCUGCCAGGGAUCUCACCUAUCGGGAAGAUGUCAAGUCGUGUCAGACGAUAAGACCCGUAUGGAAAUACUGGUGAAAAACAAGAUAUGUUUUAAUUGCUUUGGUGGAAAACACAGAUCGACUGAAUGUUGGAGUAAAUUCUCGUGUCGUAAGUGUGGAAAAAGACAUCACACAUCGAUCUGCGAUGCCAGUCAAAAACACGGAGAGAAUACCCGCACUACCACGGAAACACCAAAUACUACACAUGUGAACUUAACUCCAACGUCUGGACCAACAUUAUUGAAAACAGCGAUUGGAAAUUGUAACGUCUGUAUUGAUAAAUCAACUCGAGAAGCUCUGUUUUGGAUAGACGUAUAUUUAUUGACAACUGAUGGCGGCCAUGCCGUUUAG